GCCUGACGCACGGAAAGAAAAUUUCCCGCGCAUUGUCUAGAUUUGUAGGUUUCACUUUCACAUUCACGUUGCCGCUGUAUGGUGAGGGGUGACAUAAUAAUUCGCUCUCUUCCCGGCAGUUAAAUUUUGCUUCGGAGCUCGAAUUUUCCAGUGUGCAAGUUUUGUAUGGUAUCAACCAUGGAGAUUGCAACAAAUUUGGAUCUCGUGAAGAAAAAAGAAUUUGAAUCUGAUGUGAAGACUGAAAUUAGCUGCAGCCGAGGAUCAUCGCCUGAUUCAGGCAACUACGAUGGUUCGGAAUCAUUGGAUGAAGAUUCCAACUCGGACGAGGUCAAGAUCACUCCAGAGAUGGUAGCUGAGGAGGAGGAACUUGAGAAGCAGCGGCAGUUGGACGAGGACGCUGAAUUAAGGAAGGCCAAGGAAAAGUGUGAGGAGGAGGAGACUGAGAAAAGACUGCAGAGACUGUCUAUUUUGUUGGGCCAGAGCGAGUUCUUCUCAAACUUCAUUGCCCAGAGGAUCGAGGAGCAGAAGAAGCAGGAGCAGCCCGCCGAAGUCAAUGAAAAGCCGUCAAAACGUGGAAAGAAAGCUAAGAAGGAAGCCGAGGCCACCGCUAAGCAGUAUAUGGAGGAUAAGGCUAAGCUGGAGAAGAGGAAAAAGGAGGUGAAAGAGGAGCUGGAAGUCAGGAGUGAGUACAAAUUGCGGACGAAAAUCUCUCCUAUGGGAAUAGAGGUUGAUGCAAGACAACCCUUCUUGCUUGAAGGAGCCUGUAUGAGAGACUACCAGGUGGAUGGGUAUGAGUGGCUCAAGCUGCUCUACAUUAACGGAGUGAAUGGAAUUCUGGCUGAUGAAAUGGGCCUAGGAAAGACAAUCCAGACAAUCGCCUUGAUCUGCUACAUGAUCGAGAACAAACUGAAGGGCCCGUUCCUGAUCGUGGCUCCACUGUCCACGUUGUCCAACUGGAUCAACGAGUUCACCUUGUUCUGUCCAAGAGUGCCUGUGUUGUUGUAUCACGGCACGCAGGACGAGCGGCGCCUGCUGGGCUCAAAGAUUGGCAAGCUCAACACGGUGCAGUGCGAGGAUUUCGAGGGGAGGGCAUACCCUGUGGUCGUCACGUCCUACGAAGUGGCCAUGCGAGACAAGGACGUGCUGCAAAGGCGUAACUGGGAGAUUGUUGCCAUUGACGAGGGCCACAGAAUAAAAAAUCACAAGUGCAGACUUGGAAGGGAGAUGCGGCUGUACAACAGUAAAUGUCGCGUGCUGCUGACGGGCACGCCUCUUCAGAACGACCUGAAAGAGCUGUGGUCUCUGUUGAACUACCUGAUUCCUGACGUGUUCGCCGACCUGUCCGCCUUCGAAAGCUGGUUUGUCGUAACGGACAUGAGCAACGAGACAGGCGACCGCGACCUUACAAACCAGAUGAUUGUGGAGCGUGAGCAAAAGGACCAUAUCAUCGCAAAGAUGCACAAAAUCCUGCAGCCAUUCAUGCUGCGUCGCAUGAAGUGCGACAUUGACUUAAAGCUGCCGCCAAAAAAGGAACUGCUCGUCUUCACACCCAUGACCCCGGAGCAGACUGAUCUUUACAAACACAUUCUGCAUAGGACCAUUCACGACAAGGUUCUGGAGGAUAAGUUGAAGAAGGAGAAGGAAGAAGAGUUGAAAAGGGAGAUCCUGAGUGAUGAUCGAGGAGGAUGUGUGGCCAAAAGACUGAGGAAAAGCAAGGCUACUGUUAAGUACAACAUGGACAGGCUUACUGAUGCGGAAUUUGAGGAGAGGUACAACGCCAAUCUUGAAUACCACACUCAGAUGAAUUCAGGAAGCCAAUCUACCUUCAUGAAGAACUGCAUUGAGCAAGGCGUGAUAACCAGCUUGAAUCCGUGCAGCAUUGUGGUCGAUCUGAGAAAGGUGGUCAACCACCCGUACCUCAUUCAAAUGCCUCUGGUCCAAGGCACCAAGGAGCCGCUCAUCGACGAAAAUCUAGUACUUAAAGCUGGCAAAAUGCUCGUCCUAGACGCCAUGCUGGCAAAACUCAAGUCAAGAGGGCACAAGGUGCUAAUCUUCUCGCAGUGGAGGUCGGUUCUGGAUUUGAUCGAGGAGUUCAUGCUGCUGCGCGGCUACAACUAUUGCCGCCUGGACGGCUCGACUAAAGUGAUGGACCGGGCGCAGAGUAUCUCCGCCUUCAACAAGGACCCCAAGAUCUUUGCCUUCCUGCUCUCAACCAGGGCCGGAGGACUCGGCAUCAAUCUCACUGCCGCCGACACUGUCAUCAUCUAUGACAGCGACUGGAAUCCUCAAUGUGAUCUGCAAGCUCAAGACCGUUGCCACCGGAUUGGGCAGACGAAGCCUGUCGUGGUGUACCGGCUGACAACGGACGGCACGAUUGACCGCCGUAUGGUCGAGAGAGCCACUGGCAAGAGGCGUCUCGAGAAACUCAUCAUCAAACAGGGACACUUUGUUGGCCACAAGAACAUCAAGAAGCUCGAGUCAAAUGGUGAGCUGUCGCCUGAGGAACUGCUCAAGCUGCUCAACUCCAAGGACUACACCAGAGAAGUGCAGGCCAAUGGAUAUGUUUUUAGUGAUGCUGAGCUGAAUCAACUGCUGGAUAGAAGUGAGAUGCUUGAGGAUUCUGCUGCCAAGACAAAGAAGCCCUCAAAAAGGAAACUUGCUAGUGAGGACGCCCCGAAGCUGUUUGAAGUGCUGUGAGAUUCCUAAAAUGUUACCUAACUUCUUGAUGUGUUCAACAUUUAUUGCAUUUGCUAACUGCUGUUGUUUUAAUGGUAUGCAUUCCACCACGCUCAGGGUAUUAGACCUAUUUUUAUCUGUAAAAUGACAACACUGAUUCCUAACAAAAUAAAAGGCAUUUGUAACUA